AUGCACCCCACAGCUCGAGACCCCACCAGGACUCACCAUGAGCUGUGGUUCAAGGCAAAGCCUGAUGUGCCUCAUCUACGUGUUUGGAGAUGCCUUGCCUAUGUGCAUGUGCAAAGAGACAAGAGAGGUCCUUCUGGGCAUCAUGUCCAGAAGUGUAUCUUUGUAGGCUAUCCUGCAGGGUACAAGGGAUGGUUGUUCUUCAACCCAGAGACUCGGAAACUUGUGAUCGCUGAGAGAGCACUGUUUGAUGAGCGCUACUUCCCAGGCAGCACCCCUCAAGCUGUGAGGAGCUGUCCUGCGGCACCCCCUUCCUCCAUGCUGGUGGAUCCCCCUUGCACUCUGGCACCGGUGUAUGUCCCUGAUGACAAUGGUGAUGAUGAGCAGCAACAGCCGCCUGCUCGUCCUCUCCCUGCACCACGAGUUCCCUCUCCUGCAGCCAGCACUCCACCACCUCCAUCUCCACCACCAGCUGGGGAUGCCCCGCUUCACCCUCCACCCUCGCCUCCUCCUCCCCAAUCUCCAAUUGGGGUGGCAGCUCGUCGUGCUGCUGCUGGCAUCCAUCGUGUCCCUGCACCACCCAGGAGGGCUCCAGCUCUGGCUGCUGCUCCUCCUAGGCGCACCAUGGCAGAGAUCUUUGAAGAGAUCCCUGAAGACCUCAGCGACGAUGAGCUGCUUCUGAAGUCAUCCUCUGCCCUUAUUGUGGCUCGCGAGGGUGACCCCUCAGAUCCCAAGCUGGCAGCAGCUCACGCUACUGCAGUGCAGUCCGCGUUGUCUGCUAUAGCCUCUGGGAACCCCAGGUCGUUCUUUGAAGCGUCUAAGCGGGAGGAUGGUCCACUAUGGCGCGCUGCAGCUGCUUCAGAGAUUGACUCUCUGCUCAGCAACUGCACAUGGGAUGUGGUCGACUUGCCACAAGGGGUCAAGCCAAUUCGCUCUCAAUGGGUGUUUGUGAUCAAACACAAGUCUGAUGGCGCUGUGGAACGCUACAAAGCCAGACUCGUGGCAGAUGGUCGUGGCCAGCGCUAUGGCAUUGACUACCAUGAGGUGUUUGCACCCACCUUCAGACCUGCUACUCUGCGCAUCAUCCUUGCUCUUGCUGCCCAGAACAACCUCAAACUGCGCUCCAUCGACUUCUCUUCUGCCUACCUUAAUGGGGACCUGGAUGAGGAUGUCUACAUGACUCAGCCAGAAGGGUUCCUCCAGGGAGAGAAGGGCCAGGUCCUGAAACUGAACCGGUCCAUCUAUGGGCUGAAGCAGGCCAGCCGCCAGUGGCGCAUCAAGUUGGUUGCCAAGCUGACUGCCAUGGGGUUCAAGUGCAUCAAGUCUGACGAGUAUGUGGCUGGUGUGGAUGCUGGGAAGCAAAUCAAGUGGAUGCGCAAUCUGCUGCAUGAGCUGGAGCAUGGUGUGUCUGGGGCUUCUCCAUUGAUGAUGGACAACCAGUCUGUCAUAUCUGUGUCCAAGAAUCCUGAACACCAUGGGCGUAUGAAGCAUCUGGACCUGGCUCACUACUGGCUCAGAGAUGAAGUUGCCAGAGGGUUCAUUGAUGUGAAGUAUGUUCCAACGCAGGACCAGCUGGCUGACAUUAUGACCAAGGCGCUGCCUCGGCCUCAGGUGGCAAGGUUGCGCACACUGAUGAGAUUGCGGGGGAGAGGCUGA